UUUUUUAUAAACAUUAACUUUUACAAACGGCAUUUAUUUUGAUAAAUCUAAAUAUAAAUUUAAUAAAUUGGUUUGACUUUAAUAAUAAUUUCUAUCAUGUCACUAUCAUCAUCUUUAUUUGUAGGACGACAAAUUUUAAAUCACUGUAAUCAGUUUCUUAGAAAAAACCAGCUAAUAAUAAAAGAACAAUUACGAUAUUUGAAUCUUCAUGAAAAUAUUGCAUAUAGUCUUUUAAAAGAAGCUGGAAUUCCAACACCACCAUUUGGAGUGGCUAAAACACCUGAUGAAGCUGCUAAAAUAGCUACUGAACUAAAGUCACAAGAUUUAGUUGUAAAAGCACAAGUACUUACUGGUGGCAGAGGGAAGGGUCAUUUUCAAAAUACUGAUGUUAGUGGCGUUGUUAUGUGUGAAUCUGCUGAGAAAGUAAAGCAAAUAUCAGAAAUUAUGAUUGGAAAAUUAUUGAUUACUAAACAAACAGGAGCUGCUGGAAGAAUUUGUAAUUCAGUGAUGGUGACAACACGCAUGUUUCCACGAAAAGAAUAUUAUCUUUCAAUAAUGUUGGAGCGUACUUUUAAUGGAAUUGUUGUGAUAGCAUCUAGUAAAGGUGGAGUAAAUAUUGAAGAAAUUGCUGCUACUGAUCCUGAAGCUCUCCUUUAUGUACCAGUUGACAUAAUUAAAGGCCUAACAUCAGAACAGAUAAAUUGUAUUAUUCAGAAAUUGGGUGUUAAAGGAAAAGGCAAAGAUAUUGUGUCGCUUAUUAUUUGUAAUCUUUAUGAAUUAUUUCUUGAAACAGAUGCUCUAUUAAUUGAAAUUAAUCCACUUGCAGAAGAUAUUUGCGGUGAAUAUUAUGCUUUAGAUUGCAAAUGUAAUUUUGAUGAUAGUUCUAAGUUUAGACAGAAAAAAUUAUUUGCUUUGGAAGAUUGGUCUCAAAAAGAUCCCAAUGAGGCACGAGCAAAAAAGUUUGACUUAAAUUAUAUUCAAUUAGAUGGAAUUGUUGGUUGUAUGGUAAAUGGUGCAGGUUUAGCAAUGGCAACAAUGGAUCUUAUAUCUUUCUAUGGUGUUAGACCAGCUAAUUUUUUAGACGUAGGUGGUAGUGCCACAAAAGAGACUAUUAUAGAAGCAUUUACAAUAAUAACUACAGAUCCAAAGGUUUUAGCCAUUUUUGUUAAUAUAUUUGGUGGUAUUAUGAGAUGUGAUAUCAUUGCAGAAGGAAUCAUCGCAGCUACUAAAGAAUUGCAAACAACUAUUCCUAUAAUCAUCAGGUUGGAGAAAGAAACGUCAAGAAAGGCGGGGACACAAUGGCGAAACCAGCAUUUGGUGGCAGUCUAUUGCCAACACUUUACCAAGAUGGCUACAAUGUUGUUUCGAACGAUUUCACUCGCAGAGUGUCUUACCCGAUUAAAUGGUUCCAAGAUUUUAGCCUGCAAAAGUAAUUUGAAACAAACAAUAAGAAAUCUAAAUGUACAUGAACACAUCAGUUAUAGUUUACUUAAUGAAGCUGGUGUACCUACACCGAAAUUUGGUGUUGCAAAAACGCCAGAUGAAGCAGGAAAACUUGCAGCUGACUUGAAAACAAAAGAUAUUGUCUUAAAAGCUCAAGUACUUGCAGGAGGUAGAGGUAAAGGACACUUUAAAGAUUCCAAUAUUAGUGGUGUAAAGAUGUGCGAAACACCAGAAGAAGCAAAAGCAUUAGCAAGUCAAAUGUUAGGUAAAUUACUAAUUACAAAACAAACUGGCGAAGGAGGUAGAAUAUGUAAUGCUGUUAUGGUAACACAACGUAUGUUCCCUCGUAAAGAAUAUUAUUUAGCAGUGAUGAUGGAACGUGCCUUUGGUGGUCCUGUUAUAAUAGCAUCUAGCCAAGGUGGAGUAAAUAUUGAGGAAGUAGCUGCAACAAAUCCUAGUGCCAUAAUGUAUGAACCCAUUGAUAUUAAUAAAGGUAUAACCAAGGAGCAAGCAGAGCGUAUUGUCACAAAACUUGGUCUUCAAAAUGUAAAAGAUUAUAUUUCCAAAAUUAUCAUGAAUCUUUAUCAAAUGUUUCUUAAGAAGGAUGCUCUUCUUUUAGAAGUAAAUCCUCUUGCUGAAGAUAUUAAUGGAAAUUAUUUUGCGUUAGAUUGCAAAUGUAGAUUCGAUGAUAAUGCCGAAUUCAGACAAAAACAAUUAUUUGAAUUAAGAGAUUGGACUCAGGAAGAUUCUAAAGAAGUAGAAGCAGCCAAAUUUGAUUUGAAUUACAUUGCACUUGAUGGAAAUAUUGGUUGUAUGGUUAAUGGAGCUGGAUUAGCUAUGGCUACUAUGGAUAUUAUUAAAUUACAUGGAGGCGAACCUGCUAAUUUUCUUGACGUUGGCGGUGGUGCAACUACCAGUGCCGUAAAAGAGGCAUUUAAAAUCAUCACUUCUGAUUCAAGAGUACAUGCUCUUUUAGUUAAUAUUUUUGGUGGUAUUAUGAGAUGUGAUGUUAUCGCGGAGGGUAUUAUUGCUGCAACGAAGGAACUUAGUCUUAAAAUUCCUGUUGUUGUUCGAUUGCAGGGAACCAAUGUUGACGAGGCUAAAGCUUUGAUUGCAAAUGCAGGAUUAAAAAUCGUUCCAAUUGAUGACCUCGAUGAAGCUGCUCGUGUCGCAGUAAAAUUAUCGACCAUUGUUAAACUAGCACAGUCCGAAAAUCUUAGUGUCAAUUUUGAGAUUCCCGCAAUUUCAUAAUUUUAGUAAUGAAUAUAAAAUUUAUAUAUCAGCAAAAUCAUUACUGAUAUCUGUUCAAAUAUUGUCAAAUGGUUUCGAAGAACGUUUGAAAGUAAUAUCUGUAGUAAUAACUUCUCAAAUCACUUUUAUUAUAUACUAUUUAAAAAGUGACGCUUUAAGCAAUUAAAUCAAUUUAUUAAGUAAAUUUAUAAAAUCAUUUUGGGAUAACUUGAAAAGAGAAAAAAAAACUAUUAUUAUUACUUAUUAUUUUAAAACUUAUUAUUACUUUGAAGAGAGUUCUAUUUAAUGACGUGUUCUAUUUUAUAAAUGGCGAACUUUAUCUUUUCUU